AUGGUAAGUGCAAUGGAUGAUCAGUUAGCUGACUGUCGCGAGGUCUUCUGCUAUUUUGAUAGUAGAGGAGAUGAGAAGAUAAGUGUACAACAGGUGGGUGACGUGUUGCGAGCACUUGGACAGAAUCCAACUGAAGCCGAAAUUGGUCGAUGCUGCGCUGCAUACGAGAAGGAAGCUCGCCUUUCGUUUGAGGACUUUGUGCCAAUUUUCCAAUCAAUCAGCAAGAACAGGCCGUUUCACAUUUGCGCCCAACCCAACGGGGGGAGGGGCAAUGGUUUGAUCAAUGUAGCGGAAUUGCGCCAUCUGCUCACUACUUUGGGUGAACGACUUACUGAUGAAGAAGUCGAUCAGCUUCUAGCGGGACAUAACGACUCUCACGGCAAUGUGAAUAUUGCCGAUUUUGUGCGCAAUGUGAUGAACUCUUAA